AAUGCAGCGUUGGGUUCUGGGCUGGACAGGAAACGACGGAGACGCGCAGCGUGUCUCCUUAGCAGCUCCGGGAAAGAAGAGUGGGAAAGGGAAUGGGAUUGUGUGUAGACGAGGCGACGUGUGGAAACAUGAGGAUAACGGGCGGUUUUUAACUAGAUUCAUCUUUUAAACAGAUAAUUACACAUAUAUCAGGAGUUUUUCUUCUUUUCUCCCUUAGGCAGGGAUAUUUGCUCUCCCAUUGGAGAACACAGGAGAGGUGAGGACCCUCUUUGUGAAUCCCAUUUCACUAGGAUAAAAGCCCUGUCACAGAGUGGAGUGGAGUGGUGGUAUCGUCUGACCUUUAACCUCAGUAGGAAGGAGAGAAAACCACUUCAGAGAUGGAGCAGGUGUCAGAUGAUGAGUUGGACCAUGGAGCCGAGGAGGACAGCGACAAGGAGGACCAGGACCUGGACAAGAUGUUCGGUGCUUGGCUUGGCGAGCUGGACAAGCUUACACAGAGUCUGGAUGAUGGCAGGCCUCAGAAACCACUGCAGAAGCCUCCUCUCAGGCAGGAGACGAACAUGGCCAACUUCUCCUACCGCUUCUCAAUGUAUAACAUCAACGAGGCGUUGAACCAGGGCGACACAGUGGACCUGGAUGCCCUGAUGGCUGACCUGUGCUCCAUUGAACAGGAGCUCAAUACCAUUUCCAAACCAAACUCUGCGUCUCGUGGCCAGAACAAAGGCCAGCAGCGAGCCCCGGGGGGGCGCAGUGCCAGCACCAAGCACACAGGCACCAGUGGAGGAGGAAGCAGCGGAGGAAGCACCAGUAGCAGUACCCGGGCAUCGCCGGCCAACACCGUACGAGGCGGCAGCGUCAACACCCGCCCCACGGCUUCCAACAUCUCCCUGGAUGACAUCACCUCUCAGCUGGAGAAGGCCUCUCUCAGCAUGGAUGAAGCGGCACGUCAGACCUCUUCCUCUUCCUCCUCCUCCUCGUCUUCUUUCUCCUCCACCACACUGCGGCGGCCCUCGUCGGGGUCGUCAGGCGGCGGGCAGCACAGGAGGACGGGCUCAGUGGGCACAGUCAGCGAGCGGGAGGCUCCAUCCCAGCGGUCCAGUGUAAACUCAGCGUGUGCCUCAGCAUCCAGCAUGGACUCCCUGGACAUUGAUAAAGUGAUGACGGGUGGAGAGGUGGAAGGCCAGAGCAGCCCGAGCACACAAGGACAAAACCAGACCAGCACAGAGCAUGUCACACUGCGGCGGGCCAGACGGCAGCUUGACUUUACCUCACGAGAGGGUGAAGUGGAUCGGGCCACUCACUCCUAUCUGGACCGAGAAACCUCGCUCAUUCUGAAAAGCAUAGCAGGAAAGCCUUCUCACCUCCUGACCAAGGAGGAGCAAGCUGCCAAAUUGAAGGCAGAGAAGAUCCGAGUCGCCCUGGAAAAAAUCAAGGAGGCACAGGUCAAAAAGCUGGUGAUCAGGGUCCACAUGUCAGACGAGAGCUCCAAGACCAUGAUGGUGGAUGAGCGCCAGACGGUGAGGCAGGUGCUGGACAGCCUGCUGGAUAAGUCCCACUGUGGCUACAGCCCGGACUGGUCUCUAGUGGAAACCAUCAAUGAGCUACAGAUGGAGCGUAUUUUUGAGGACCAUGAGAACUUGGUGGAGAAUCUAUUAAACUGGACCCGGGACAGCCACAACAAGCUUAUGUUCAUCGAACGCAUCGAGAAAUAUGCGCUUUUCAAGAACCCUCAGAACUAUUUGCUGGGGCGGAAGGAGACAUCCGAAAUGGCUGACAGGAAUAAAGAGGCUUUAUUAGAGGAGUGUUUCUGUGGCGGCUCAGUGUCUGUGCCAGAGAUCGAGGGCAUCCUGUGGCUGAAGGAGGACGGGAAGAAGUCGUGGAAGAAACGCUAUUUUCUCCUCAGAGCUUCAGGGAUCUACUACGUCCCCAAAGGCAAAGCCAAGGCAUCCAGAGAUCUCGUGUGCUUCCUGCAGUUGGACCAUGUUAACGUGUACUACGGCCAGGACUACCGCAGCAAAUACAAGGCUCCUACUGACUACUGUCUGGCCCUGAAGCAUCCACAAAUCCAGAAGAAGUCACAGUACAUUAAGUAUCUGUGCUGUGAUGAUGUCAGGACCCUGCACCAAUGGGUGAAUGGAAUUCGCAUCGCCAAGUAUGGCAAGCAACUAUACGUGAACUACCAGGAAGCCAUGAAGAGGACCGAGGCGGCCUACGAUUGGUCCUCUCUCUCUACCUCCAGCAUCCGAUCUGGCUCUAGCUCUGCCAGCAUACAUGAGUCCCAGUCUAACCACUCAGGCCAUUCAGACAGUGGAGUGGACACGGGCUCUUCUCAUGGCCGGUCCCAGAGUGUGGUGAGCUCCAUCUUUUCUGAGGCCUGGAAGAGAGGUACCCAGAUCGAGGAAAGCUCCAAGCAUAUGAGAAUGGAGGCAUCCAGAGGGGCCACCCUGCCGCAUGCUUCCCACAGUCACCGGCAUCACAGCCAGCAUUCAGUUGAUCACCCAGCCCUGACGCCCCCUCCCCAACCUCAGGUGCAGCCGCAGCCUCAGCCCCACCAACAGCACCCACAUGAGCAUCAGCCCCACCAACAGCACCCACCACAGCAUCAGCACCCAUCAAUGCACCCCCAGACACCGACCCAGCCACAACACCAGCAACUGCCUCCCCAGCAUCAUUCUCCUCAACAGGCCCCACAGCCACCCCCCCAGUAUCCUCAGCGCCCUCAGCAGUCACCACAGUCUCCACAACAGCAGCCGCAGACCAUCAGCAGCUACAACCACAUGCCCCCACAGCAGCAAGAGCUGGCUCCUCCGCCCCCACCUCCCCCUCCACCGCCUCCCCCUCCUCCCCCACCCCCCCCAGUUCAAAUGGUGUCCCACCACUCGCCGGCUCCCACCAUGUACAAGUACAGCACCAUCACCAGGCUACAGAACCAGAAGGCCUCCCAGUCUGCCAAUCACCACAGGUUGCCCAAUCACCUUCUUGCAUUGGGUCAGCAAGUUCUGCCCACAGCUUCGACGCUGCCUGCAGCACCAGUGCCCAUUAAACCCAAUGUAAAUCACAUUGCGGCAAGGACUAAUGUCCCGCCUCCACCUCCCCCUCCCCCUCCACCAUCCAUGCCAACCCCUGGGUCCGCCAUGGCUGUGUUGAAGCUGGGCCCUCCCAGUCCAGCUACCCCACCUGCCUUUAUUCCUCCGCCCCCAGCACCUCCACCUGCUCCACAGACCAACGGAGUUACAUUUCCUCCCCCUCCUUCUCCCCCACCACCCCCUCCUGCACUGGCUCCCAUGAGCCAGCCUGUUAACCCCAACGGGCUGAAGCAGGCCCUUAAGGAAAGGUUUCCCAGCCCGCCACGGGACCUCCUCUCUCCAAACGGAGGCCUUGAGGAGUCCCCACCGCCUGCCCCCGCCCCACCUCCCCCACCUCCACCCCCUCCACCUCCGCCACCCCCACCUCCUCCUCCCCAGCACUUCCCAGUGCCAGCCCAGUUCCCGCCUCCUCCUGCACCGCCGCCGGCGCCACCCAAAACAUUCACCCCAGGCUUUGUCCCUCAUACUGCCCCCAAACCCGUGUCACCUGUCUCCCCAUUUCCUCCUGCCCCACCUCCUGCUUCCCUGGGCGGCCCGACCCCACCACCACCUCCACCCCCUCCUCCACCUGCACCCCUCAAAAAGCAGUUCAGCCUCCAGACGGGCCACAUCUCCGGCCACCCCCCUCCGACUCUCCCCAAGCAGCACAGCCUGUCUAAACAAACGCCCUACUCCACGGGAGCCGCUCCCACCAUGUCUUUGGUGAAACAACUAGCAAGUCAGUUUCCAGGAGCUCCGUCCCAAGUAGCCAAUCACACAGAGAGCCCCAAAGCCCCCCUCUCUCCACCUGCAGUAAAGACCAAACCAAAAUGGCAGCCUGGGGGUGGCCAACAGCUGCAGUCUCCAGAGUUCCCUCCUCCCCCUCCAGACAGCAACAUUGGCUUCCCUGCCCCUCCUCCUCCACCACCUCCCCCAGCCCCCGUCACCGGCCCGACUCCACCUCCUCCUCCGCCACCUCCCCCACCCCCCGUCACCGGCCCGACUCCACCUCCUCCUCCGCCACCUCCCCCACCCCCCGUCACCGGCCCGACUCCACCUCCUCCUCCGCCACCUCCCCCAGCCCCCGUCACCGGCCCGACUCCACCUCCUCCUCCACUCCCUCCUGGGAACCUGGGCUCCCCCUUGAGGAGGUCACCCUCUGGGUCCUCCAAUUUCGUAGGCAAGAAACCCCCUCCCACCCCACAGAGGAACACCAGCGUCAAGUUCAACGCCUCAACUUCCUAUGAGGAAUCCAGGAGGAACUUGUUCAGUAAGUUUGCUCCCCAGAACAACGCCGCUUCUUCAUCCCCAUGUCCCACCGCCUCCUCCACUGGAUCCCCUUCCAAGGACCCUUCAGCUGGACCCCCUGCUCCCCCGAAACCAGGCAAGCUCAACCUGGCAAACCUGCCCAUGGCGCUCCAGGCCAAAGUGAGCCAAGUAAAGCAAACCGGUGGUGGCUUCCCUACCCCACCACAUGAGUGUGCCUACUUCCCACCUCCUCCCCCGGCCUCUGAGCUCUUCCCCCCUCCUCUACCUCCUGGUAGUGACACCCAUAGUGGAGGACCUCCUAGGGUAGCCGUGGUCAACCCCCAGCCCCAGGCUCCCCCUCCUCCUCCGCCUGUCUGCCUUGUCAGCAACUCAUCAUGGGGGAAGAGCUCCCUGAAAAAGACUCCUCCACCCACACUUGUGCGGCGUAAUAACACCACCCCGGAGCCCCCUCCACUCUCACCACCUCCACCCACCUCCCCAAAGGGCAGCUCAGGCCAGCCCAAUUUCCUGGAGGAUCUCAACCGGACACUGAAGCGAAAGUCAGUGGGUCGCCAAAGUUCUCUCAACUCGGCUGGCCUCAUGGACAAGUUGGACCCUGCGGGAACUAUGGACGACAUGGCGCUGCCCCCGCCGCCCCCUGAGCUGCUCCUGGACCAAGGAAAGCAAAGCAACGGAGGAAAUGGCGGCUACAUGUCCGGAAACAUCUCAGGCUAUGCAACACUACGACGAGGACCCCCACCUGCACCACCCAAACGGGGGGACACCACCAAACUUACUUGAGAGUGUUGAACUUGGAGAUCGGGACACCAUGAAGAUGAAUGAAUAGACAAUGAAAGAAUAUAUGGAAGUGAACAUUCAUUCGUGAAAUGGGAGCGAAUUCCUGAAUUCCUUCCGUCCUCUUGGGAUCACAAUGAUAAAUAGAUGACUGUGUAUAUACUAAAACCCAAACCAGACCAUGGUCAAUUAGUGUUUGCUAAUUAUUGCAGUUUUUUUUUACAUGUUUGGCUUUCUGGAUCAGUGGGGUUUAUAAUAAUGGGAUGAUUAAGACUGGAGCAGGUAAGUUUGAGGUCACAGAAAAAUAAAACAGACUUUUAAUUUUCUGUGAUUGUCUGAACUCUCUGGAAGACAUUGUAUUUCCCUGUAUGGUAAACCCCACCCAUCUGGUACACCAAGCAGAUUUAAAUACACACUAAUAAGAAUUGUGCAAACAUUACUGGAUCCAGGUCUGAGCCGAACCAUGUUAUCCGCUUCUUUGCCAUAAGUUUGUGCCACAUACUGGAGACAAAAAAAACAAACACCCACCACAGGAUCUUUCUGCUUUGGUACUGCAUGGACUUCAUGUAAGAACAAGCUGUAAAACAUGAAGCUGUUCUGGUGUAUGUGCAUGAGUGAGAGAGAGAGAGAGAGAGAGAGAGAAACUGAGAUGUGCAUACAUGCAUUGUGUGCAUGCAUGUAUGUAUGAUUAUAUGCCGGUGAAGUAGUUAACCAUUAAAGAAGGCCUUUGUAGAGCGGGGAUGGUUAGGUUUGCUUUUAUAUGAAAUUAUUUAAUGAUCGAUAAAUGGAAGGAUUUUUUUUUAUAAGUCUGUGUUUUAAUAGCUGGUCAACAAAGUCUAGAGAGGAACAAAACAUCAGGGCGCAAUGGAAUGUAUAUGGAAAGGUGUAAUUGAAAUUACACACACAAAGGAAAAAAAAAACGUUAAAACUUUCAGAUCUGUUGUCUCAAACAUUUCUAGACUGUUCCACAACUUGGCAAAUGCAAAUCAGAAGGAAGCCUUAUCCCCAAAGUCUUGCACAGAGGUCAAAGCAGAAAGGAGAUUUCUUCCAAAGGUUCAGCAGAGUCUGGACUGUGCAACUGGAGAAAAGAAAAACACACACUUUUUAUUUUUAUUUUUUAUUUAAUGGGACUGUAAAUGGAGGAGGAGGCCUGUAAUGGUGUAUCUUCGUGGACUGUGUGAGUUCCCCGUGCGUUGGCUUGAUUUUGGACCUUAUCCUUCAGUUUGUAUCUGUACAGUUGCAGCUGCUACUCCGUUACUGUUGGUCCCCGCCGCCUUCUAAAGUCACAUCAUAUCACAAUUCAGGAAGUAGAAUGUACAGGUUGGAUUCAGUCAUGUGAAGUAUACUCAUCUUCUCCACGCAAAGUGACCCAGUUGAAAAAGAUACAUUUGUCUGGUUAAUGUACAGAGCGUUAAAUCAUGUAGUCAAUAACGGAAAUCAUCUGACUGGCAUUAGACUGAAUGUUGCUUUUAUCUGUGUGUCUAUCAUAUCUUGUUUCUCCACGGUGCUAUUGGUGGACAGGGACUAAAGGUUAUCAUUCGAUUUUGCACCUGUACAGUGGAUCACGAAGGGUUUUAAUUUUAAGUGCUAGUGCUGUCCUUCAAGGAACUCCUCAUCAACAUGUCCUUGUGUGCCAGGAUGACAUAUCAUUAAUAUUUCAGACUGUUUAAACUGGUUUUAAAUUGGCUUUAGUGUGGACAUGUGUGCUUGAAGUGUUGAAUAUGGUCGUUUCCACUCACAUUCUCAUGUCCUACGCCACAGUGGUUUGAUCGCCACCUGGAAGGCAGUGUACCAUUUCUUAUAACUCAAUAUCAUUGUCUUUAACAGGAUGUUUGCUACAGUACAGUAUCUAAGUUAUUCAUGUGCUGAUGUGAACGUGGGGCCAAGUGAAAUGAAGAAAAAUGGCUGCAGAUGUGUCCUCUUGCAUAUAAACUGAAAAUCACAAUAUAAAUGUUCAAACCUG